AUGAGCUCGACGAUGUUGGACGAUGUCGAUGAUAAUAUGAUGGGUAUCAAGUCCACCAAUCUCUAUGAACUCCUGAACGACGUUGUAAAACAGGGUGACAAGACGCGAUUGGUAAUGGCGGGUCCCGAGCAAGUUUUGCCUGAUUUGAUUCGGCACAUCACUGAUACUAUACCGUUUGACUUGUUUAUAAAUCUCAAAAAUGGAUUGAGCGAUGCCAGGAGCCUCGUUACUAGACUAAAUUGUCUAGGAAAAUUUCUUAAUGAUAAUUUUUUGCAGAAAGGUAUAUUCCCAUUUACUAUACUUCGGAUAUGCGAAUUAUGUUACGAUCCGUUUAAAUAUUACAAGAUCAAUGAGUUAGAAAAGUUUGUGAAUGCUUUGGAAAAGUGUUGUUUGGUGACUAGCAGUUGGCAGGAGCUCGAGAAAACGGAUGACAACAAGAAAGAAGAGAACAAUGGGAAGGAUAUCAACUCGAUCAAGAAUCAGGAAGACGUUUCGCUGAUGAAGAUACCGUGGAUAACUGAGGAAAGUACUAGCGAGCUGAAUCCCUUUAUAAGGGAGAUUGAUUCGAUAAUGAGUGUCAAUUUGGGUUACGAUGAUGAGGAAGAAGAAGAUGAAGACAACGAUGACGGGGAAGAGGAAAGGUUUUUCGACGGUGGUGAAAAUGGAGAAUUUGAGAGUAAGGGUAAAUGUAAUGUUCUAUUGAAGGAUGAAAAUUUCAUGGUGGAGGAGUACUAUGAGGACGAUGGCGAUACACAUGACGAUAAUACCGAGAAGGAGAAGCAGAAUAGAAAUCACGCCGCUACCACGGAUAACGACAAUGAUAAUGAUGAGGACGACGACGACGACGACGACGAUUAUCGCGAAGAUGCCGUGUGUGAAGACGAUGAAGACGAAGAUCAUAUGGGGAGCACAGAUGACGAUGAGGACGAUGAGGACGAUGAGCGUGGAGAGAGGAAUCACAAAGUGCGAAGACGCAAUGAUAAAAAUGGAACUCCAAGGAAGAGGAAGCCCACCGAAUUAGAUAAUUUUGAUUACGAUGAAUCACCAUCGUUUACAAGCAUGGAUCUCACGACACCAAAAAAAUAUAAACAUAACACAACGGGCAGGUUCUCCGUCAUAGAGUCGCCAUCGUCCUCUUUUCUCAACACCAUGAGCAGCAGCCAUGACAUUUCAUCGAGUCAAGAGGAGGAAAAGGACGAUUGUCAUGGAUUGGGAAAUGAUGAGGGAUUGAGUGAAGGACUGUCACAAGAUGACGAAUUGGUGAGUCCAUCGAUGAGUUCUUCACAAGAAGAUAAGAUGGUUGCCAUUGCUGGUAUCACUUACCGUGAGAAUAUCACCAGUCCGUUGGGCAAGAAGUCCAGGUGA